CAAACAUCCAUCCACGAGACAAAAUCAAAUCGUAUGCCUUUGAUUAUAUCUCGUUGCUGUUUGGAUGUUAUCUCCAAAAUAUUUUCAUGUACUCUGUAUUUACAUAGCAUGCUUGAUCCGGAUUGUACACCUGCGAUGCUCUAAAAACACUUUUGGUCUCUCGGUGUCAUGUCAAAAGUGACAGUGUCUUUAAAUUUUUCUCUUUUCGGUUGAUUUCACAUUGUAAUCCAUCUAUAAUGUAGAUUGUAAAGGGCCUAGGUAUUUUAAUUUGAGACUAGUUUCAAUAGUGGAAAGUUUUACAGUGGGCCAGUAUAGCCGGUUGAAAUUUUGUGCAGAAACUAUAUUGUGAAGACUAUUCAAAACAUUUGUGAAUAUGUAGUGCAAGUGACUAGUCAUUCAAACGUUUUAGAAUAAUAUAGUGAAAAUGUCGUUCUUGAACAACAUCCGUAAAGUGCUUCAUUUUGGUGGCAAUGACUCCAAAAAAAGAAAAGUGUAUAACAAUGUUCGUAUGGAUUGUGACCCGGCUGAGUACUGGGAAAUGAUUGGCGAGUUGGGCGAUGGAGCUUAUGGAAAGGUAUACAAGGCUCAGCACAAGCACACCGGCAAACUGGCAGCCGCGAAGAUGUGUAAAUUGGACGGCGAAGAUGACCUGUCGGACUUCAUGAUCGAAAUCGACAUCCUAUCGGAGAUCGAACACCCGAACAUCGUCGGUCUGCACGAGGCCUUCCAGAAGGAUCAACAGCUGUGGAUGCUGAUCGAGUAUUGCGAUGGCGGGGCUCUGGAUAGCAUUAUGACCGAACUGGAAAAACCACUCACCGAGCCGCAGAUCGCGUACGUGUGCCAAAAUAUGUGCAAGGGGCUGCAGUUUUUGCACAGGUCGCACGUCAUACAUCGGGAUCUGAAGGCUGGCAAUGUGCUGUUGACCAUGAAUGGCGGAGUGAAGCUGGCUGAUUUUGGGGUAUCUGCUAAAAACAAGAAUACUCUCCAGAAACACGACACCUUCAUUGGUACACCGUAUUGGAUGGCGCCCGAGGUGGUUCUUUGUGAGACUUUCCGUGACAAUCCGUACGACUACAAGGUCGACAUAUGGUCGAUGGGUAUAACUCUGAUAGAAUUUGCUCAAAUGGAGCCACCGAAUCAUGAGAUGUCUCCGAUGAGAGUUCUGCUCAAGAUUCAAAAGUCUGAUCCACCGAAGCUGGAACAGCCGUCCAAAUGGUCAAAGGAGUUCAACGACUUUAUUGCUAAAGCACUCAUAAAGGAUCCACAAAAAAGGCCGUCGUGUGAGGAUCUUUUGAGGCAUCUUUUUAUCAGCGGCAGUCUGGACGCGAAACCGGUGAUAGACCUGCUGUUAGAAUACAAGGCUGAAGUUGUUGAAGAGGAAUUACUUACUGACGAUGAUCCAGAGGACAACCGCACGUCCCAAGUGCCUCUGGACAUCGAGGAAGAUGCUACUUCUGACAAAGUUGCUAAAAUCGAUAGUAAAGUUCCUCAAUCCGAACCAGCAGCACUGUUCAAUGCCGAUAAGGAUAUCCUUGCCAAACCACAAGCCGUCCGAGAAGAAGAAUACAAGCCGGAACCUAUUCUUACACGUCCUCCAGAUGCUGCUGCCACUACAUCACCACAAAUUGAUAAAAAACAGGUGGAAAAAAGAGAAGACUUGAACCGGAAGCCGUCUCGCGACAAAGGCAAGGCGCCCCCACCGCCUCCUUUGCAAACGCAGCGUUCCACCAGUUCCGCAUCUUCGACGGGAUCGGAGAAAGGUCCCGCCCCACCGCCUCCGCCUCUGCCCCCAACUUUACCGGGUCCGGCAGGCGAAACCGCAUCUCCGAAGGCUAAUGCUCGGCCUCGACAGAUCGAAGCACCUCCCCAGCAGAUCGAGCCGCCUCCAAUUCAACAACUCCCCGUGAUGCUGCCAACUCCGCCUUCCUCGCCGAUGACGCCUCCUGCUACGCCUCCGUUGCCAGCUGCUGCGCCUACGGCGGGUGCAGAUGCGCCCGUACCCGGUAACGCAUCGCCACCGCUCAGAAGCGGAGACACCGUCGACGAUGUCAGGAUGGCCAGCGUCAAUAUCGCCGAAAUCAAGCAGGCUCUGGAACAUCAGUUUAGCAAACGCCUACCAGCUCCAGAAGAUAAACUGCAGUCCACGGCCAAUGCAAUGUCGAGUUCGAUCGCUUCGUCUCUAGAUGAAGGUGUCGGAUUUGUGGUUGUAUCGUCUCCUUCAAGUUCGGAAAAAAGUAAAAAUACCGCUACAAUCACCAUCAACUCGAACAUGCCGGACACGUCCAAUAGCCUUGCUUCAAAUAUCAGUCAGGUGACAGUGGUGACAACUCAUCCACCAGUAAUCAUAGACAACUCGAUUCCUCGACCUCACUCUACCUCCCCGAGUAGCAAUAGUGCCAAUGAGGUUGUGAUUGUGGCCAAUGAAACCAACAGGACACAUCUGGAAUCCUCUGAUGACGAGUUUUGUCCGUCGUUGGACUCCUUGGAAUAUCCACCGCCUGGAGAGUUCAGUGACAGGCCACCAGUAGCUCUAAUUUCAGGUCAUCAGCAUCCAUUGAAGGCUAAACGGCUCGAUGAAAGCGAGGUUAUGAUCACAGAUUCUAGCUAUGUGGUGGACGAUUCUGGUCUGGAUAUAUCGGAAGAGAAUUCUAGGUUGUUAGAUACUAGUCAUGUAUCCGUCGUGAAAAUUGACGAAGAAAAGGUUCAAGUGAAGGAUUCCACAUCAUAUCUAAGUGAUAAAUCUGCAGACUAUAGGGGAUCAAUUAGCGAUUUAAGUAAUACGUCGUCUGGUAAAACGAGCAGUACAAAGAGUGAAUAUGGAGAUGAAUAUCGAGGUACUCUAAUUAACCUAGAGGCUUCUCAACCCGCCUCCAAUCACCAUCGUUCGGCUAACUCCCAUCACGUGAGCGGUCCAGUACCGGUGACGAAAUCGAAUGGACAGUUGGCGUCGGCAGCGAUAGCAAGAUCGAUAAGCAGGGAAGACGUUUAUGGAGGAAGGCUUAGGGGGGCCGCGAACGGGGCUAAACCAGGAUCAAUUGAUAGCUGCGAGUCGGACAGAUCUCACAGCGAUUGCGGAUCUGUGAGAAGCGACGAUUCUUCGCGAGGCGGCUUAAGCAGAAGGAUUGCAGCAGUUGUGAGGCAGGUAAAGGACCAAUCAGACGGUGAGAGUAUAUCGAUCGCCAGUCACGAAAGCAGGGGUAGUAGCAAGGAUAAAUCUAAUGAUAUGGAUGAGAACGACGACAUCGUUGUCCUGAGGAAGCCUCCAAAGACGAAGGCAGAAUCGAUAGCAUUACAAAACAGAAAAACUAGAAAACGCACUCGGAAGUUCAUGAUAGAUGGUGUUAUGAUUACAACGACUACUAGCAAGGUAAUUUAUGGGGAUGAGGACAACUAUAAUCUUAGCGACCCUCAUACGGAUAGGAAACAAGAAUUGAGAGAACUGAAGUACCUGCAAAAGCAAGAACAGAAGCAGUUCCAGGACUUGGCGAAUAAAGAGCAGUUAGCCAUAGAACAACAAGAUAGAAAAUUCGAACAAGAAAUACAGAGCUUAGAAAGAACCUACGAGACUGACUUAGAAAUGCUAAGUAGGCAACAGAGGCUAACGAUAGAACGAGCCGAAGCUCAUUUAGACGCUGACCUUAGGGCAACUUCGAAAAAGAUCAGGUCGGAACAAGAAAGAGAACUGAAACUAUUUAGGGAAUCUUUGAAACAAGAGGUGAGGCUGUUGAAAUGUGAAAUAGACAUGCUGCCGAAAGAAAGGAGAAAACAGGAAUUCAAAGUUAGAAAAGAAAAGUUGGACCAAGAGCAUUUAGAAAAAGAAAAGGCAUUUUUGGAAAAACUGAAUGAGAAUCACGAAAGUUCGCUGAGAAGGUUAAGUGAUUCCCAUCGAGAGAAAAUAGCCUUAAUGGAGCGACAGUUUCUGCAACAAAAGCAGCAACUGACGCGAACUAGGGAAGCAGCUUUAUGGGAGAUAGAAGAAAGGCAUAUUCACGAAAAACAUCAAUUGAUUAAGAGACAAAUUAAAGAAAUUUUCAUCCUGCAGAGGCAUCAAAUGCUCACUAGGCAUGAAAAAGAAAAGGAACAGAUAAAGAGGCGAGCUGCAAGAAAAGAAGAAGAGCUUUUGAAGAAGCAAGCGAUAGAAAAAAGAAAUUUACCCAAGAGAAUUAGAUCGGAAAUGAAGGCACGUGAGGCUAUGUUCAGGGAAUCGAUGAGGAUAUCUAUAUCUGGCAGCAACGAUCCUGAAGCAGAAAAAAAUAGGUUCAAAGAGUUUCAAGAGAAAGAAAAGAAACGUUACCAAGCUGAGCAGCAGAGAUUCGAGCUGAAACAUCAAAGACAGUUAGAAGAAUUACGAGCGAUGAGCGAUGCUACUGUUAAAGAGUUAGAACAAUUACAAAACGAGAAGCGUAAAAUGCUGUUAGAGCAUGAAUCGUUGAAGCUGAAACAGCGCGAUGAGGCUUUCAGUAUCGAGUUGAAAGAGUGGAAGGCAAAACUGAAACCUAGGAAACAGCAACUUGAAGAGGAGCUGUACAGGGAGACUUGCGCUGCGCGCUACCUUCACUUCCUUCCUAAGGUGACAUUGCCUCAACCGGGUAGCUCGUCCACCGACUCUUUGGAUCACGUGAGCGGGGCUCAUUCCGUUCCAGCCAGUCCUUACGUGCACGAGCGCCCUGUAACUGUAGCAGGAUGGGGACACCACCGCACCUGGAGUACGGGACUUCUAAGCACGAACGGCUCUACUAGUUCGUUGGGCGCUAGGCGAUCCUCCGCUGCUACAUCGAUCGCUUCCAAAGAGGAUUCAUCUGCAGCAUAGAACUGCUUUGUAGUUGCUCACGCUCGUCGAACAUCAAGCAGAAGUUGGAAGAAACGUUCGCUCAACAGUUGCAAGAGCAGGAGCGCGUAUUUGGUCCUGUCCAGCCCCUGGUACUGCCAUCUGACCUCCCCGACCUCAGCACGGACACUUGCAGUCAAUUGGGAUUAGGUUCGACGCGGAGCAGUCUCUCCUCCGUGUCUGAAGGCUGAUGAACCGUUCGUUACGUGAAUAAGUGAGAAAGCAGAGACGCGCUCAGUGCCUGGUCUAGUCGUUGAAAUGAAAUACAGCACCGUUCGCUUCCUUUCAACCUCUUACCUCCCUGCACCGAUGACUUAUGUACUCAACCUACCUUCUUGCACCGUCCCAACUGAAAGGCAGUUCCAAGUUAAGUGAUUUGAAACGUCUUACAUGUACCAAAAAUAUGUCUCAAUUUAAUCAGAAGAAAUGGAAACAAAUUAUUUAUUCCUGUAUUACUCGGAUGCGUCGAUUCAGUGUGGCGUAGUAUAGAAUCCCAGUGUUACGAUAUUUUUAUUUAAUUUUUAUGAAUGUUAUUACAAUUUUAUAUAUCAUUUAAAAGUAUUCGCAGGAAAAAUCAUUACUUAUUUCUACUACCACUACUUACUUCUAUACAGUAUUUACUAAAUACCUUUUAUAAACAAUUUAAGCCUUUCUGCACUUAUUUCGAAAAAGUAUGCAAAAAUUUUCAAUACUAAAGCUAAUUUGCGGUAAAAAAUACAGAGAACGUAAAAAAGAAAUUGAAGAAAAAUACUCGCUAUUCAUUUGAUAAGGAAAUAAAGUUCCCUGUCAUGUUUUUUUUUGUAAACACUGCCUCAAGUUGUCGCUGUUCAAUUUAAAAACUCGAAUUGUUCCCCUUGUCCUGAAUUUGCAACGUUUGGGGCUGUUUAGGUCUUCAGCUUUGAUGGAAAGAAACAUCGAAGACGACGGCGAAGUUCUGAGUACACUCGCGGAGUAUCAAUAGGAUCUUGAAGAUGCUCAUAUCACUACCUAGGAAUGUGAAAAUUUCAGUUUUUCAAAUUCGGUUUGUUUAUAAGGUU